AUAUUUAAUUGUUUCAAAUUAGCUAUUAAGAUCGCCGAGGUUUCUUAUCGCACCUGGCUUGUAUCGGUCUUUCCUCCUUUAAUUUCCGAGUUGAAGUCAUUGUAAAGAGCAUUUUUACAUAUCGAUAAAUAUCUCACUUUCUUUCCUCGGGAGUUUUAUCAUUUUGGGAAAAGCCGAAGGCCCCUUCCAGCCCCUCUUCUUGCGGAGGUGGAUGAUAUCUUAUCUCGUGUCUCAGUCUUAGGCUCGCUCCGGAAGUCAAGGUGCGCGAUUCGUGGUCCAUGAUCAUUCGCUCGAUCGCGAUCGUACGGGAAAGCGGCUGAUUGCCGAUCGUCCGUCUUCCUUUCCGCAGAAGGAAACUUCGCGAAGGAAGAGAUAAAACUAAGAACUUUCACCCGCCGAUACGCAAAUUAUCGUUCGUCGAUUGAGGCGUCGGUUCUCCGUCCGAGGGUAGGCCGUCAAGGGCGGAAUCCGCGGUAGCGACGCCGACAGGAUAUCACCUCGGGUGUUCACCGUUCACCAAUGAACGCGGGGCAUCGUCCUCGUCAGAGACAACACCGCGGCAACUGCAGCAGCAGCACCAGGAAACGACGGCACUGCGACGGCACGUCUACAAAUACCUACAGGACAUCCAGCGACUUGAGUGGCGAUCAUGGGACUCGACUUCCUGGCAGACGGCGGUGCCGACUUCGAGCACGCGAUCACCGUGACAGGUUUUGGAAGAUUUCACUACACGCUGCUGACCAUCUGCGGCCUGAUCUACAUGGACACAGCGAUCGGCGUGACGAUACUUUCGUUUGUACUUCCAGCGGCACAAUGCGACUUGGAGAUGGACUCCACUGCGAAAGGUUGGCUGACCGCCUCUCCAAUGUUAGGUAUGUUGAUCGGGUCAUAUAUAUGGGGAUGCCUGGCUGACACGAAGGGCAGAAAAAUCGUGUUAAUAGCUACGCUGCUGAUGGACGGUAUCGUGGGCAUCGCGUCCUCGUUCGUCCAAUAUUUCUGGGUAUUCCUGAUCUUUCGGUUCUUCAAUGGCUUCGCUAUAACCGGCGCCAUGGGCAUUUGCUUUCCAUAUCUCGGUGAAUUUCAACCCACGAAAUAUCGUGAACGCUGUCUUUGCUGGAUGGAGAUGUUCUGGACGGUCGGUGUAAUAGUUUUACCACUGAUCGCCUGGUUGAUUAUCCCCAUGAACUUUACAUUCAUCAGCGAAACUUUCUACUUCAAAUCCUGGAAUCUCUUCGUCGCGCUCUGCGCUCUGCCAUCGAUCAUGCUUGGCUUGUGGCUGUUCGCCUUUCCCGAAAGUCCAAAGUUCCUGCUGGAGUGCGGCGAGACUGAUGCCGCCCUCGAAGUAUUUAAAUGGAUCUACUCGCGAAAUACUGGCGCCGAUCCUGAAACUUAUCCGGUAAAGUGUUUACAAGAAAAAACAAAGCAUCAGGAUAAAAGCACCAGGUCACUGAAGUUGCACAAGCGGAAGGAUCUGAAAGUCCUCUUCGCGGAAAUAUAUGAUCUAACAACCGCACUUUGCAAGCCACCCUAUCUGCGCAACACUCUGCUCGCAUGCGCCAUUCAAUUUGGACUUACCAGCAGCUACUACACUCUGAUGGUCUGGUUCCCAGAGUUGUUCACCAGAUUCGAGCAAUUUGAGCAUUUUAAUCCCGGCGAAACCACGUCGGUGUGCAUAGUGUCCGCUUUGCCGGACAACACGACCUUCUUCGAUCCUUACGGAUGCGACACGAUAAUCGCACCCUCCGUUUAUCUGCACACCGUGUACAUCGGCCUCGCAUGCAUUCCCGGCUCCAUCAUCUUGCCCCUUUUUGUGCACAAACUGGGCGCUAAAUUUUUCCUAAUUGUAUCGCUUGUGGUCUCCGGUGCGGUGACGGUGGGCUUUUACUACGUGGUGAACUCGACACAGAAUUUGAUACUCUCGUGCGUGUUCGAGGCCCUCACGUCCCUUGGGAUCUCUCUAGUCUAUUGUGUAAUCGUCGAUAUGUUCCCGACGAAUCUCAGAGUGAUGGCCGCAGCUCUGUCGUUAACGAUGGGUCGUCUGGGUGCUCUGGUCGGUAAUUUGGUGUUCGGUUAUCUCAUCGAUUUAGCCUGCGUGAUUCCCAUUAUACUCUUCGCCGCGUUUCUCUUUGCCUGCGGUUUCUUCUCGUUUCUGCUGCCAAGAACUGGAAAAGAGACGCUCGAGUAGCACAGGGAAAAUCUUUUCUGCGUUUUGCUCGGACGACCUGAGGAAUCUGUGCCUUGAAUCAUUCUCUCUUUUCUCGCGGUUGUAUUUAUUAAUAAAUUUAUUUGUUAAA